GAACUCUUUACUUCACACCUGAAGCACCUCCAAAUUAAGUUUCUAAUGGCUCUUCCUGACAUGAUUGCCUCCCUGCAGCCUUUCCUUCUUGUUCUCCUACUGCUCCUUCUUCUACUCAUCGCAAGAAGAAACAAGAUCAGUCCAUCACUAAAACUUCCCCCAGGCCCUCCUAAGCUCCCAUUGAUCGGCAACCUCCACCAGUUAGGGAGUCUCCCCUGGCGCUCCCUCUCUCGGCUCUCGCAACAAUACGGGCCUCUCAUGUAUCUAAAACUCGGCAGUAGGCCGACCAUCGUGGUCUCCUCUGCCAACAUAGCCCGGGAGAUCCUAAAGACGCACGAUCUGGAGUCCUGCAGCCGACCGUCCCUCACCUCGUAUGCAAAGCUCUCCUACGGAUCCUCGGACAUCGCCCUUUCAGCGUAUAGUGAGAAGUGGAGAGAGCUCCGAAGAGUUUUCAUCAUCGAACUUCUCAGCAGUAAGAAGGUCGCCUCGUUUCGAUCCAUUCGAGAAGAAGAGGUGGAAAGAACUAUGAGCUUCAUAUCUGACUGCUCAAACAGUUCUCUCCCAGUCGACUUGAGCAAAGAACUGAUAGCGCUUACGAGCACUAUCACCUGUAGAAUGGCUUUUGGAAGGACCUACCAAGAUGUUAGCAGCAGGUUGCAGACGAUUCUAAAAGAAACGGUUGUCUUGCUCGCGGGCUUUUUCAUCGCAGACUACUUGCCUAUCAUCGGAUGGGCCGAUUGGCUCACAGGGAUGAGAGCGAGGCUCGAGAAGAACUUUACCGAUCUUGAUCGGCUCUACCAACAAGUCAUCGACGAGCAUCUCAAUACACUGCAGCAGCAUGACUCGGGUGAAGACUUUGUGCAUAUAUUACUGCGAAUGCAAAAGGAUGAGAAAAGUCUAACCACAGACCAGAUCAAAGCAGCCAUUUUGGAUGUUUUCGUUGGUGGGAGCAAUACGUCCUCAGCCACUGUGGUAUGGUCGAUGACAGAGCUAAUGAGGCACCCGCAAGUGAUGAAAAAAGCUCAAGAAGAAGUGAGAAGCCUCGUCGGGGGGAAAGGAAAGGUAGAGGAGAGCGACAUCGACCCACUGCGCUACCUCAAGUGCGUUGUGAAGGAGACCAUGCGGUUGCACCCGGUGGCUCCCAUGCUGCUCCCAAGAACAACGUUGCGGCAUUUCAAAAUCGACAGCUAUGAUGUCCCGCUCGAUUCAAUGAUAUACAUCAAUGCUUGGGCAAUCGGAAGGGACGGGAGUUACUGGGAAUCGCCGGAGGCGUUCAAGCCGGAGAGGUUCAUGAAUAGCUCGGAUCUCGAGUUCGCCGGAAAGGACUUCAAUUUGAUACCAUUUGGGGAAGGUCGCAGGAUCUGCCCAGGGAAGAACCUCGGGCUCAAAACAGUCGAGAUCAUGCUCGCCAACCUUCUUUACUCCUUCGACUGGGAACUUCCAACGGGUAUGACGAAGGAGGACAUCAACAUGGAUGAGGCGCUGGGCAUUGCUGUGCACAAAAGACAUGCUCUCCGCCUUCUCGCCACCAGACAUAUAUAGCGGCAUCAAUAGCUACUAUACUAUAGAUAAUAUAAAAUUAGUAUUUACAAUAAAUAUUUUAGCCCUUGGAUGUCUAGAGUUGUCUAUUUGGGAGUUCUAUUAAUUAGUAUGGAUCUAAGAGCCAAAAGAUCUGUAAUAAUUACUUUUCAUCUACUAUUUAUAAUAUAGUAGCUUAAUCGAGUGUGUGUAUAUAUAUAAUGCGUCUCACUGAAAUGCACUCUUAUUUAUCUA